AUGGGUGGUGAUGCUAAACAUGAUACCAAUGCAUCAGGCGGUCAAGUUAAAUCGAACAAAAUGGGCCUGUUGGGUGCCAUAAGCUAUAUUAUUGGCAAUAUCGUUGGUGCUGGUCUCUUCGUCACACCAACUUCGGUACUCGAACAAGUCGACACGGUAUUUUUUGGCAAAAAUUUGAGAUUUAAUCAACAAUCGAAUUUUUGA